UAAUACCUUUCGUUUUCUAUGUGCAUCAAAAAGUCUCGAGGUAGUAAAAGUUAAGUAAAGAUAUUGCCUGGACAUUACGAGAAUGGUAUUUUAAUAUUGCCUGUUACAUUACGAGAAUGCUGUUUUGAACCAAAGGGAACACAAUUUAUCUUUUAGAGUUAUUUCAAGUGGAAUGUGAGAAGCAGGAAAUAAUUUUUUUCAAGAACUAUGGCCCUGCAUUAUUAUAUUUUACUGGUUCUCUUAUUCAAAGAUCUGCAACAGCUUUUGGGUGUACAUCUGAAAGUACUGGAUAUCCCUUCGCCUACAACGUCAGGACAAUCUAUUGAACUCACUUGUUCUUAUGAGCUUGACGGCGAUCAGCUUUAUUCGGUGAAGUGGUACAAGAACAACACGGAAUUCUACAGAUAUUUGCCAAACGACUGGCCCCCUGGUCAGUUUCUCCCUCUACCCGGUGUACGAGUGGAUCUUUCAAAGUCAGGUGAAGACAAGGUUUACCUAAAUCGCAUUAGUCUGGAAUCUGCUGGAAUGUAUCGCUGCGAAGUUUCUGCUGAAGCACCUUCCUUUCAAACAGUUGAAGCAAGUAAACAAUUGGAAGUUACAGUAUUUCCAACAGAAGGACCACGUAUUAGUGGGGGAAGACCUGAAUAUGUAGUUGGUGACAUUGUAAACAUCAAUUGCACUUCAGCCAAAUCCAGACCUGAAGCUAAGAUACGUUGGUAUAUAAAUAAUAAACCGGUUGAAGCUGAAUAUAUAACAACGUUUCCAACUAAACUUCAUGGUGAUGGCUUGAAAACCUCAACAGCAGGAUUAAGAUUUGUGGUCAAAGAUGAACACUUGUGGAGUGAAAAUAUGAAACUAAGGUGCACAGCAACAGUUUCUCGAGCUGUUGAGUUGAGUAACGAAGCGGUAAUAUUUGCAAGGCAACAGCAUGCUUCUGGUUUACGUAUAAGUAACACUCUAAACCAAGUUGGUGGAAAAGCGGCAGCGAAUACUGUUCAGCUGAGCAGGCUUGUUUUUAUCGAGCUUCUCGUUAUUGUUUAUUACUGUUCAACUGUAUUUUCCUAUGUGCACCCAGUCUGACGUAUGGGAUACAUCUGAAUUUCUGUGUGUAUUCAAGGAUAAGUCUGGGAUAACAUCUGAAUUUCUGUGUAUAUUCAAGGAUAAGUCUGUGAUAGAAAGACACUUUCGAACCCCUUGUUCUGGUUAAGAAGAUACAGGUAUACCGAUUAAAUCGAACUUGAAGAAGAAAAAUUACAUUAAAUCAGCGUGGUGCAUUAAGCGAUAUCCAAUAUUGCGAGAGAUGGAAAAUAUCUGCUUAUUUCUUAUUGUUCUGUACGUAAUGCAGUGGAAUUAGGUUAUGUAAAAGUGUUGUAUAUCCAUCUUUUAUUGUAAAAUGAAAUUACCCAUUAAAGUUUCUGGGUAUGCAUGUUUUAGCGUAAUUGUAAUGGUAAAAAUAGGCUGUAAUAAGGUUCCCUAGUUAAACUCAACAUCCAUUAGCAUAGUCCUAAAAAAAUUGUAUUUCAGUUUCUCUUCCGUUAUUACUUCUCACUCAGAAGUGAUAUCACUGCAAAUCUGACAGAUCAUAUCGGUUUUACAGCCGUGUUUACUGUAUUCAUGUAUGAUCCCAAAUUUUAGUUUGCAGGAAAGAAAAGUGUGUAAAUGAUAACAGUAAGUCCUAAGUAUCUAACAUAAGAACUAAAACCGAAUUCAUACCAUUUCGCCGUUAUAUUAUACGGGAAUUUACCCUAAAAUAGUUGUUUUAGUCUGUAUUUUUC